AUGAAAUCUCAAAGAAAGAGUCUAAUAAAAGACAUUUAAGCUCACUGCCCUCUAAUACUUAAGUAUAAUAAAUCAUUCUAUUAAGCGAACCAGUUGGUAUUGUUUAACCAUUUUGUAGAAAAUUAUAUACAAAACCAUAAAAUGAUUGGAAAAAUGUCGAAUAAUAUUUAAAGUUGAGAGAAAUGAAAUGUGAUAAAAAUCUUGCUUUACUUUAUAGUUCUAAAAAGAAUUGUAGAAUUGAUAAACCAAUUCCUUAAGUUAAAAAUAAAUUAAAAAUUCAUUCUACAAAAUCUAUUGAUGUAAUCAUUUCUUAACGAUUUAAAGAAAAAAAAUAUGACAAGAAAAAUUAUUUAACAAUGUUAAAUGAAUAAAACAAAAUAAUAUGCAUGCGUAGAUACAAAUUUAUAAAAAAUGUAACAAAUUUAAGACAAAUCUGCAUAAGAGUAUUAGAGUUAUCUAAGUAAGCAUUUUGAAGACUCAAGAGUAAUGAACAGAGCAAUNCAUAGAAUUGAAUUCUAAGAAUCAUAAUUUGACAGUAAGAUGUCAUCAAUUCUAGACAAUUCUUUUUCAAAAUUCUAAAAAUCCUUAGAUAAACAUAUUGAAAUAGAAAAUAAUUUUUUGCAUACAUUUAAUUUAAAAGAAUUAACAAAAGAAUAAUUGUUAAAGAAAUUAUAAUAAUUGUAAAACUAUUGAUUAGAUAUUAGAAACAAAGGUGUCAAAAGAAACUUAUUAACUGAAAAUAUUUAAUCAAAUGAAUCCAUUCCAAAAGUCAGUUUACCUGCAACUUUUACAUCUGUAAUCAAUUAAAAUUUAUCAGAAAGAUACAUAGAUCAUAAACUGAAAGGAAAUAUUCUAAAGCUUAAUCUCCAUUAUCAGGUUUAUAAACUUAAAGAGAGACAAAGGCAAAUUUUACAAAGACAUUUUAAAGGUGGCAAUAAAAUUAAAAAAGCAAUAGAUCACUUUAAUAAAUUUAAAAAAUAAAAGAAGAUUAAAUCAAAUUAAAACCUUCUCUUUCAAAAGAUUUACAUAGUUUGAAAAAUAUUGGUACAUUAACUGAGAUAGGAUAAGCUAAAUAUAAAAAGAAAAGACAUAUGACAAAUUAUAGUAUAAUCAAAUACAUAAGUGGUUUUGGUUGA